AUGACAAAGGGGCCUCACUGCUGGCUGCCCCCAGCGCUUGGUGGCAUGGAGGUGCGGUGGUGCACCACCUCGGACCCCGAGCAGCAGAAGUGCGGCGACAUGAGCAAGGCCUUCCAGGAAGCCGGCAUCCAGCCCGCCCUCGGCUGCAUCCCGGGCACCUCCGCCGACCACUGCGUCCAGCUCAUCGCGGCGCAGGAGGCCGACGCCAUCACUCUGGAUGGAGGUGCCAUCUACGAGGCGGGGAAGGAACUUGGCCUGAAGCCCGUGGUGGGCGAAGUAUACGAUCAAGAGGUCGGGACCUCCUAUUACGCCGUGGCUGUGGUCAAGCGGAGCUCCUCUGUGACCAUCAACACCCUGAGGGGCGUGAAGUCCUGCCACACGGGCAUCAACCGGACGGUGGGCUGGAACGUGCCCGUGGGCUACCUGGUGGACAGCGGCCGCCUCUCGGUGAUGGGCUGCGACGUGCUCAAAGCUGUCAGUGACUACUUUGGAGGUAGCUGCGUGCCAGGGGCAGGAGAGACCAGUUACUCCAAGUCCCUCUGUCGCCUCUGCCGAGGUGACAGCUCCGGGGAAGGGGUGUGUGACAAGAGCCCCCUGGAGAGAUACUACGACUACAGCGGGGCCUUCCGGUGCCUGGCAGAGGGGGCUGGGGAUGUGGCCUUUGUGAAGCACAGCACGGUGCUGGAGAACACGGAUGGAAGAACCCUGCCCUCCUGGGGCCAGGCACUGUUGUCGAAGGACUUCGAGCUGCUGUGCAGGGACGGCAGCCGGGCCGAGGUCACCGAGUGGAGGCGAUGCCACCUGGCGCGGGUGCCUGCUCACGCCGUGGUGGUCCGAGCUGACGUGGACGGGGCCCUCAUCUUCCGGCUGCUGAAUGAAGGCCAGCGUCUGUUCAGCCACGAGGGCAGCAGCUUCCAGAUGUUCAGCUCCGACGCCUACGGCCAGAAGAACCUGCUGUUCAAAGACGCCACCUUGGAGCUCGUGCCCAUCGCCACGCAGACCUACGAGGCCUGGCUGGGCCGCGAAUACCUGCACGCCAUGAAGGGGCUGCUCUGUGACCCCAACCGGCUGCCCCACUACCUGCGCUGGUGUGUGCUGUCAACUCCUGAGAUCCAGAAGUGCGGCGACAUGGCUGUGGCCUUCAGCCGGCAGGGGCUCAAGCCGGACAUCCAGUGCGUGUCGGCCGAGUCCCCCCAGCACUGCGUGGAGCAGAUCCAGGCUGGGCACAUCGAUGCUGUGACCCUGAAGGGCGAGGACAUUUACAUGGCAGGGAAGACAUACGGCCUGGUCCCAGCGGCCGGGGAACACUAUGCCCCGGACGACAGGAGCAGUUCGUACUUCGUGGUGGCCGUGGUGAAGCGCGACAGCACCCACGCCUUCACCGUGGAUGAGCUGCGCGGCAAGCGCUCCUGCCACUCAAGCUUCGGCAGCCUGGCUGGCUGGGACAUCCCUGUGGGCGCCCUCAUCCAGAGGGGCUACAUCCGGCCCAAGGACUGUGACGUCCUCACAGCCGUGAGCGAGUUCUUCAACGCCAGCUGCGUGCCGGUGAACAACGCCAAGCACUACCCGGCCUCGCUGUGCGCGCUCUGCGUGGGCGACGAGCGGGGCCGCAACAAGUGCGUGGGCAGCAGCCAGGAGCGCUACUACGGCGACAGUGGCGCCUUCAGGUGCCUGGCGGAGAAUGCGGGUGACGUGGCCUUCGUCAAGCACACCACGGUCUUUGACAACACGAAUGGCCACAAUUCUGAGCCCUGGGCCGCUGAGCUGAAGUCCCAGGACUACGAGCUGCUGUGUCCCAACGGGGCACGGGCCGAGGUGUUCCAGUUCGAAGCCUGCAACCUGGCACAGAUCCCGUCCCAUGCCGUCAUGGUCCGGCCGGACACCAACAUCUUCACUGUGUAUGGACUGCUGGACAAGGCCCAGGACCUCUUUGGAGAUGACCACAAUAAGAAUGGCUUCAAAAUGUUUGACUCCUCCAACUAUCACGGCCAAGACCUGCUUUUCAAGGAUGCCACGGUCCGGGCGGUGCCUGUUGGGGAGAAAACCACUUACCGCGACUGGCUGGGGCUGGACUACGUGGCAGCCCUGGAAGGGAUGCUGUCCCAGCAGUGCUCGGGUGCAGCGGUCCCGGCGCCCCGGGGCUCCCUGCUGCUGCUGCUGUCGCUGCCCCUGGCUGCAGGCCUGCUCCCGCCCGCUCUCUGAAAGCACUGGGUGGCCCUCGCCUCGGUCGCAUCAGCCUGCAGCUCAGAAUCCCGGGAACAAGGCCGUGCCCCCGCCCAUCCCGCUGCUCCGGGAAGGUGUGCGCGGCAGGGAGCGCGGAGCGCAGAGCCACCGUCCGCUCCAAGUCCGGUGAAGGCCCCCACUGGAACAGAGAGGACUCCGGGGGGCCGUGAGCGGCCCUCCUGCGGAGCCCCCCGCCUCCCAGGCACCACCUGGCCCGCUGCUACCUGAGGCGGCUGGCCGGCCUCCCAGUGCCGCCGCCCCCGGCUGGCGCCGCUUCCCUGCAAACCUGCAGCCUCCCACCGCCUGGAGCCUCCCCAGCCUCGCCUGCCUCGGAAAAGGCCGGUUGCCAAGGAGACAGGCUGAGCCGCUUCCCACGCAGCCUCAGCUGAGCGCAGAGCCGCCCUGGAGCGCCCGGCGCCCACCGAAAGCGGGGAGCAGCCUCGGUCCCCGCAGCCUCGCCCCGCCUGGGCACCCCCGGAGAGGCUGCGGCUGAGCCCUCCAAGAAGGCGCCUUGGCGCCACCUCCAGCCCCUUGUCCCGGUUUCCUGCGGCUGGGUGCUGCCGGCUCAGAGGACAACUGGGCUGGAGGGGAAAGGCCGUGGGGGACCCUCAGACCCAGCAUAGGCUCCUCGGAGUGAAAUGUGGUGGCGGCGGGGGCUAAUGCAGGGCUGGGGCCCGCAGUCCCGCCAAGCCCGUCUACUGCACGGCAGGCCGGCCUUGGUGGCCGCGCUGCACACCCUGCUUUUUGCCGAGUGCAGUCCCUGCUCCGGCCCGGCGAGGCGGCUCAGAUGGAGCCCAGUCCUCGGUGUCCCCUUUUAGGCUCAGUCUCAGAUAAUCAUCUCCCCUAGCCCCACUGUGGUGUCCAGCACCCUUCAACUUGUCAGCAGCAGGUGCUUCCAGACUGAAGGGAGAGCAGUGUAGUCCAGGCCUCAGGCAGCACCAAGCCCUGCAAGGAGCCAGGCGUGAGGCGGUGCCCCGCCUGGUCAGAGGCACCCCUGCCCAGGUUCAGCACCGGAGGGCUCCGUCCCCCCUCCCAGCCUUCCACCUGCUGGGCCCAGGGCCACUCUCUCCAGGGAAGGGCCCUCCUCCCACCCCUGCAAGAAUCGAAGAAAAAGUGUGAAGGGGGCCCUCUCUCCACUUUGCCACAGUUGUCUGAGGAGCCAGGAAAAGUUCCAGAACUGCCACCUCUUACUCUGAAUUUCGCUUCCUUAAAAAAAUAAAAAGAAACAAGAGCAAGCAACGCGCUGUCAGCA